GGCAAUGAGUAUACGUGUGUUUUUCACCAGCUACAUCAGCUCUCCUCUACGCUUCUGUUUUGUGAACACUUUCUACAUGGCCGACUGACUUGGAGCACAGAUGACUGCGGAAAACUAUUUCGCUUUGUCUCCAGCUGUGUCACGUUAGAGUCUCCCUCGUAGUGUAAAGAGAACACUGACCUGAACACUCUCACGCAUGCCUGUCAUGGGAAGAGGUUACUACAUCAGCAAGCAACUGGCGAUGGCUAUGGCCCUGCUGGCCGUACUGGCAACCUCCACCAUCCUUGCCCUUUCAGUAGCUUACUCUAAAGAAAAGUCCAAGGGGCAGUCGACUGACACCUCCACAUCAUCAGCACUGCCUGCCCCGCCACCGCCAAGUGACCCUUGGGACAAAUACCGACUGCCUGAUGCUUUAUCCCCGCAGUAUUACAACAUGACUCUGUGGCCACGGCUCAUGAUGGAUGCCCAAGGAGUUUAUCGCUUCACUGGCAGCUCCGGCGUGGCUUUCAUCUGCAUGAAGGAGACCGAUCUGAUCCUGAUUCACUCCCGCAAGCUGAACUUGACUCUCUUCAAUGGCCACCAUGCAAAGCUGUCAGGGAUGCAUGGCGUGGUGGCUCCAGCCAUAAAGAAGAGUUGGUUCCAAGUGGAAACCCAGUACUUGGUUGUGCAGCUGAAGGGGAUGCUGAAGCCAGGAAAAUCCUACUGGCUUUAUGUGGAGUUCCAAGGAGAACUGGCCGAUGACCUAGAGGGUUUCUACAGGAGUGAGUACGAGGAGGAUGGUGUAAAGAAACUUAUUGCCAUCACACAAAUGCAGCCCACUUAUGCCAGAAAAGCUUUUCCAUGUUUUGAUGAGCCAGCCAUGAAGGCCAUAUUUCACAUCGCCCUCAUUCACGAGCCUGGAACUGUUGCACUCUCAAACAGUAGAGAGAUGGGUACAAAAAAUCUAACAAUUAAUGGAACUAAGGUUAUUAAGACGAGGUUUCAUCCCACAAAGAAUAUGUCUACGUAUCUAGUUGCAUUUGUUGUCAGUGACUUCACAUACAUCAGUAAACCAAAUGACAAGAAAAUCAUGGUUCGCGUAUGGGCACGGAAAAAAGCGAUUGAUGAAGGGCAAGGUGGCUAUGCCCUCAGCAUCACACAGCCAAUACUAGAGUUCUUUGAGAAAUAUUACAGCACUAAGUAUCCACUUAAUAAGUCAGAUCAGAUUGCACUUCCUGAUUUUAAUGCUGGUGCAAUGGAGAACUGGGGUCUCAUCACAUACAGAGAGACAGCCCUACUGUAUGAUCCAAAAACCUCUGCCAAUGGCAACCAACAGGGAGUUUUAAUUGUGGUUUCUCAUGAGCUUGCCCAUAUGUGGUUUGGAAACCUUGUGACUCUGAAAUGGUGGAAUGACCUGUGGCUGAACGAAGGGUUUGCAUCAUAUGUUGAGUACCUUGGUGCAGACUAUGCAGAGCCAACGUGGCACAUUAAAGACCAGAUCGUACUGUAUGAUAUUUACCAAGCAUUUGCUGUGGACAGCCUGGUCUCCUCCCAUCCACUAUCCUGCAAAGAGGAGGAGGUCAACAAGCCGGAGGAAAUUAGCCAAAUGUUCAACACCAUAUCAUACAGCAAGGGGGCUGCAGUUCUCAGGAUGCUUUCUGAAUUCCUCACAGAACCAGUCUUUGCCAAGGGACUUGGUACGUAUCUGAAACAUUUUGCUUUUGGGAACUCUGAGUAUUCAGAUCUUUGGGAUCAUCUUCAGAAUGCAACCGAUGAAACUCCAGAGCUGAAGUUGCCACACAGUGUCCAUGAUAUCAUGAACCGCUGGAUUCUUCAGAUGGGUUUCCCACUGGUCACCAUUGACACCCAAACAGGAAAUGUGAGCCAGAAGCACUUCCUAUUGGAUCCAAAUUCUGUGGUGGAAAGACCAUCUGAAUUCAAUUAUGAGUGGUUCAUUCCAAUCAAAUGGAUGAAGGGAGGUCUAGAACAGGACCGGCUCUGGCUUCUUCGGAAAGCAGUUGUACAUAAAUCUAUGAAAGUCAGUCGAGAUGAAUGGGUGUUGGCCAAUCUAAAUGUAUCUGGGUACUACAGAGUGAACUAUGAUCUUGAGAACUGGGAAAAGCUUCUCAAUCAACUGAAUUCCAACCAUCAGAAAAUACCAGUGAUCAAUAGAGCUCAAAUUCUGGAUGAUGCCUUCAACCUUGCAACGGCGUCCAUUUUAAACAUAACUCUUGCCCUAAGAACAACUAAAUACCUCUCAUCGGAGAGAGAGUACAUUCCAUGGGAGGCUGCCUUCAGAUGUCUCAGCUCUUUAUACCUUGUGUUUGAUCGCAAUGAAGUUUAUGGAGCAUUGCAGGCUUACCUCAGAAAACAAGUGACACCUUUGUUUAAUCAUUUUGCGAGCAUCACUGUAAACUGGACAAUCGUCCCUCUAGGCCAUUCUGACCAAUUCACACAAAUCAUUGCACUGUCACUAGCCUGCAGAACAGGUUUGCAGGAAUGCCUGGACCUCACCCAAACCUGGUUCAGACAAUGGAUGCAGCAUCCUGAAAACAAUAUGAUUCAUCCGAACCUGAGAUCAACGGUGUACUGUAACGCAAUAGCUGCGGGAGGAGCUCAGGAAUGGGACUUUGGCUGGCGGAUGUUCAAGAAGGCCACAGUCGCAGCUGAGGCCACUAAGCUGAGGUCAUCCUUGGCUUGCACCAGAGAGCCCUGGUUACUCAACAGGUACCUUGAAUACGUACUGGAUCCUGAAAGAAUUCGUAAGCAGGAUGCCACCUCCACAAUAGGGUACAUUGCUGGCAAUGUCAUUGGACAACCUCUGGCAUGGGACUUUGUCAGAGCAAGAUGGGAAUACCUUUUCAAAGUAUAUGGUGCCGGAUCCUUCAGCUUCUCCAACUUAAUAAAUAGCCUCACUGCCAGGUUCCACACACCAUUUGAGCUCAGUCAGUUAAAACAAUUCCAAGUGGACAAAUCUGAGGUUGGCUUUGGUUCUGGGACCCAGGCUCUGGAGCAGGCGAUUGAGAGGACAACAGCCAAGAUCAAAUGGCUGGCUGAGAACCAGGAGCAUGUUUUGCAGUGGCUUGUUUCUGAGUCAGUAUAAAGAGGACAGCACAGAACUGAGCCCAUUCAAAAGCAGGAGUCUGACAACACAACACUAAAGGUCCAGGAAUCUGGGUUUGUCAACACUUGAAGACUGGAGCACCUGUUUUUGAGCAAUCAUAUUGUCUGCAUACUUUAUUGUAUGCAUAAAGUAAAUAUGCCCAUAUUCACAGCAGGCCAGAUGAGGUUCCCACAGAGACCCGGACCACUUCUGUAAACAUUGGAUUCCCUUACUAUGAUAUAACACCUUUUCCACUGCACGGAACUGGCAGAGGCUAAAUCAACAUAAACUUUUUCUUGCAUACUUAUAAAACUAAUUAAUAUUGAGUUAUAUUAAUAAACAUAUAU